CAGAACACGGAAGUGAAACGCUUGCUUCCGUGUUGAUGUUUUCGUCAUGGCCGUGAGCGCCGUUCACCUGGAGUCGGACGCCUUUUUGGUGUGUAUGAAUCACGCCCUCAGCACGGAGAAGGAGGAGGUGAUGGGGUUGUGUAUCGGAGAGGUGGAGGUCACCCGGAUCGUCCACAUCUACUCCGUCAUCAUCCUCCGCCGCUCGGACAAGAGGAAGGACCGGGUGGAGAUCUCCCCGGAGCAGCUGUCGGCAGCCUCCACGGAGGCGGAGCGGCUGGCAGACAUGACCGGCAGACCCAUGCGUGUGGUCGGCUGGUACCACUCCCACCCACACAUCACCGUGUGGCCCUCCCACGUCGACGUGAGGACCCAGGCCAUGUACCAGAUGCUGGACCAGUGCUUCGUGGGACUCAUCUUCUCCUGCUUCAUAGAGGACAAGAACACCAAGACGGGCCGGGUGCUCUACACCUGCUUCCAGUCGGUGCAGGCGCAGAAGGGCUCCGAGUACGAGCGGGUGGAGAUCCCCAUCCAUGUGGUGCCCCGCGAUGCCAUCGGUAAGGUGUGCCUGGAGUCUGCCGUGGAGCUGCCGCGGAUCCUGUGCCAGGAGGAGCAGGACACGUACCGCAAGAUCCACAGCCUGGCGCACCUGGACCCGGUCACCAAGAUCCACAACGGCUCGGUGUUCACCAAGAACCUGUGCAGCCAGAUGUCUGCGGUGAGCGGGCCGCUGCUGCAGUGGCUGGAGGACCGUCUGGAGCAGAACCAGCAGAGCAUCGUGGAGCUGCGGCAGGAGAAGGAGAGGCUGCUGCAGGAGCUGGCUGCUAUGUGAGCCUGGAGGACAGGGGGGGGGGUUGAGACUGGUAUCUGUUGUUGUUGUUGUUGUUGUUGUUGUUGUUGUUGUUGUUGGAAACGGACCUCCUGGUUUUGUUGCUUUAGGUUCUUCACCGUUUUGUACCAUACUCAGAAGAAUCGAAAACUGGCAUCGUUGUCUUGACUGCUUGUUCUUGAUGAGAAAUAUCCUUAUUCAAAUGGCUAUUUAAUUACAUUUAUUAUAUUUAGGGGAAUUCUUGUUCAAAUGUAUUGUGUGGCUGCAUCUAAAGAAUGCUUUCAUUAACAAAUAAACUGCCAACUAUUUUCUCACUUCCUCGAUUAAUCAUUUGGUCAGUAUAAUGUAUGAGAAAUGUCCAAGAGAAGGUCUUCUCCGAACAUAAACAAAUUUAUUAUUUUUACUAUUAUAUAACUAUUUACAAUGAUAAAACAACAUAAACUCUACAAGUCCUCCCAUUUAAGAAGCUGGAACCAGAACAUUUUGGUCAAUUUUGCUUGGAAUCUUUUUCUUUUUUCAAAUGUAUUGAUUGCACAGUUGUUUUCUUCUGUCGAUCAACUGAUCAAUGAAUCAACUUAUCGAUUCAGCUGGAGUCCCCAGAGCUGCUAUCUAAAGUCUGGUCAGAUUUGUAAUUUUGCAUACUUGUUUUUUUGACCAGACAGCUCCCUGAUAUGAGAUUUUGUACAGCUCUUUUGUGACAAGAGAAAGUUAAACUCUUGAGUCAUUUGAGAAGUUACCUUCUAUUUGUUAAAGAAAAACAAAAAAUGUUAUAAACUCUUAAAAGAUAUAGUUUUAGUUUAGGCCUCAUUUUUUUCUGAAUUAGCUGAAAUAAUGUGAUGGAAAAUGUUAUCCCACCAGCUAUCGAUGGAAAGCUGGUGGUGUGAAAUAUUAAGUAAUUUAUGGUUAAUGAUCAGAAACACACUAAACUUAAGUUGGGUCAUGUUUUUAUCACUCUGAAUCAGAGCCAACUGGACACACUGAGCCAGGACUAAUAGCUGUUACUGUGUGUGUGUGUGUGUGUGUGUGUGUGUGUGUGUGUGUGUGUGUGUGUGUGUGUGUGUGUGUGUGAGAGAGAAGAGAGUGAACAACAUUUGUUCACUCUGCUUGCUUUGUCUUUUUCUUCUGCCUUGUUUUAUCCCAGAUUUGUAAA